ACGCCCGCCCCUCAGUCCGAGCUGCUUCUUGGUCUUGGCUCUUUUGCUCUUGCUUCAACAGUGCUUGAACGGAGCAGAGUCGCGGCCACCCCGCCCUUCAUUCCUUCGCCAGUCCAGCCAGCCGACGCCGAUUGACACCAUGAGCGCCCAGGUCCGCCAGAACUACCACGCCGACAGCGAAGCGGGUGUGAACCGCUUGGUCAACCGGUUUCUCCAAGCCAGCUACACCUAUCUGUCCUUGGGCUUCUAUUUCACCCGGGAUGAUGUGGCUUUAUCCAAGUUUGCAUCCUUCUUCCGGCACCUGUCUGAGGAGAAACAUGAGCAAGCGGAGAAGCUCCUAACCUUCCAGAACCGCCGUGGGGGGAGAGUUGUCCUCCAGGAUGUCAAAAAACCAGAGCAGGAUGAAUGGGGGAAUGGUGCUGCUGCCAUGCUGGCCGCCCUUCAACUGGAGAAGAGCGUGAAUAAAGCUCUGCUGGAGUUGCACCAGAUUGCAACACGCCAUGUUGAUCCCCAUAUGUGUGACUUCCUGGAGACUCACUACCUGGAUGAGGAGGUGAAGUUGAUCAAGAAGCUGGGAGACCAUGUGACUAACCUGAAGCGCACUCGUGCCCAUGAAGAUGGCCUUGGCGAGUACCUCUUUGACCGCCUCACCCUGGGAGAGUCUAGUGACUAAGCGCAGGGGUGCAGGCUCCCCUCAACUCCUGCAGCCUGGCCCAAGUGUGUUGCUUUAAUUACUGUGUGUCAGAAGCUGGCUGCUCAAUACAUAAGGCAUGCCUCUGUACCCUGCCCAACUUGAGGGGGAGAGUCUGUAACUGGCAUUAAAUAAACUUGGCAUUAAGCACUA